AUGGCCGCCGCAGGCGCACCCAAGGAGAAAUCGCCAAAAGGAAGGCAGAGCGGGCAGCUCAGGCAGCUGCCCAUGACCAAGACCAGGACCCGACAGACACUGAGGAGGAUGAGGACGGCCCCGAAAGGGAGCCGGUCCCAGCUGGCAGAGACGAUGAAGAAGCCGAUGAUCACCCCCCAGAGCGCGAGACUGCUGGAGACCGAGUGGGGGUUCUCAACGAUACCAGCUCUGAAGAACAGCUCGAACUGCCACGCCUCUCUGGAAGCAGGUACGGAUUGCGGCCGGCCCCCCAAAGGGGAGCCGAAACGCGGCAUCGCAGUGCCCAAAGGGGCUACCAUCGCUCCAGAUCGCCGGUGCGAUCACCAGCGCCGAGAAGAAGCCCGAGUCGAAACCUCAAAAGCAAUGUCGCAGAUCUUGCGACACACAGGGCGAGUACGCGAGGACGGAUAUAUCCCCGUGACAGAGCUACUGCGGCACCCACGCCUCCGGCAGGCGGGCGCUACCCUGACAGACAUUCAGGAGGCGGUGCACGCCAAUGACAAGCAGCGUUUCCAGUUGUCAUGGCAAGGGCGCGGGCACGGUCGCGAGCUCCUUAUCAGGGCUACCCAGGGCCACUCACAGCAGCAAGUUCAGGACGACCUUCUUCUUACCCGUAUUACGGCCCCACAUGAGGUGCCGCUGGCGGUUCACGGAACAUACUUUCGACAUUACUCCUCGAUUUAUCACCAAGGCCUGCGAGCGGGAGGAGACCGAGGGCAGCGGGCCAGGAGACAUGUCCAUUUCGCCAUGGCCCUACCCAAAGAUCAACACAGGGCCACUUCUGGAAUGCGGAAAGAUGUCGAAAUCCUUCUUUAUCUCGACAUUCCACGGGCUCUCCGGGACAACAUGCGCCUGUAUGUCAGUACCAACUCGGUGGUGCUGACGGAAGGCUUCAAUGGAUGUAUUCCCAUCGACUACAUCAUGAAAGUGCAAUAUAUGCACCGGCAAUGUGCCAAUGACGUCCCAGGCACCCGGCCGCCUGAAGGCGGCCUUUGCCGCGAUUGGUCCUUUCUCACCCGACUCGCUGUCAUCAAGCUCCCACCUCGGCUCGGCCUCUACUUGGGAGCCGCCGCCGCUCCGGACAAAGCUCUCGCAACAGGUUAUCCUCUCGGUCUUUUCUUAGCAAGUUCGUGCUUGAUUGCUUCCAGUGCCUACGCUCUCAGCCGACAUGGUUCGCUGACUUACUGCAGCAUUUCUCCAUCAUGUAUCGCCCGGGAGGAGGGCCUAGGCAGCACUAUCGGCCCGACGGCUCCCGACGAACUUGCCAAACGAGCAGCACGAGCUGCGGCCAAAGCCCAUGGCACAGAUGGAGCUCAACCGCCCCAGUCAGUGCAAGUCGACGGCCCCGCCACGGGUGCCGGAGGAGUCGCAGGCUGCUGGUUCAUGGACACCGGUGCUGCCAAAGGCCAGGCUACCUCCUCCACCACCUGCCGGAGACGGCGACCGAAGCCAGACCAGCUUCUCCAAAAGGUCAGCUCCGAUGCCGGCGACCACUCCGACUACCACCACCACCGAUCAGGACAUCACUCAGGCGGCCCCCGAUGGGGAGCCGACCUCGACAACAUCAUUGACCCUGAGAAUGGAUGCUGGUCAACCGCAGAAAAAGCGUCGCAGCAAACAGUGCCGCCGCCAAACACUGCACCUGCCCUUGAUGCGCUGCGGCUCAAAUGGGACUUACUACUGCGGGUUCACGAGGCCGCGGCUGAACUUCAAGAUGCAGAUGUACCUCACCUUCUCCACUUAUACCAAGCGGCCGGCGGGUAUGCAGCAAGACACCAUGGCUUUCAUCUCAUGAGAGACAAGCUCAUGCAAGAGGGUGUCGUCGGCCCCUCAGGGGUGCCGCUACCUCUGCCUCCAGUGGGAAAUUACAUCCUCAGUCUCGGAGUGAGCAUCCUCGGCUUGCAGAGCAAUGGUUAUCUACCACAGAUCAGCAGCUCGAGCACGUGCGGGGACCUGGUUGAAGCCUGGUCACUGGCUCUCUGGGAAAGCUCCCGUCGCGAUCUGCUCGAACAACUUGGGGAGCUUUUUACGCUGUUGCACAGUCUGGCCCACUUGCUCUACAAGACCGUCUUUUCCGUGCUCGUUCCCUUUCGCCGCGAAGCGGUUCAAGGCACGGUGAAAGACAUGUGGACCAGUCGCCAAGUUGCCCUGCGCUAUGCGGUUGAUACAUUACGUCCCCUGACGGUUCCGGCCCAGAUUCGGCCCACUACUUGCACCUUCAUCGCCAAUUACGCAAACGUGGUCGCCAAGCCAAACGCGAGGUCCUUGACGAACAACUUCAGCAGGCUUGGCAAGCAGACAGGAAAACCGCCGGACCAGCCUGAGAACCUACGACCUAUAGCAUUGACGGAGGGAGGGUGCCGCAUCGUUGUCAAAGCCUUAACCAUGUCCAACAAAUCCUGGCGUCGCAACGUCUUACACUACGAGAACGUCGUCACACUGGUUCUCGAGCAAGAGCUGCGGGCGGCCCGUGUACCGGAGCCGGAGCUGGCAGUUAUCCUCAAUCUCCACCACUGCAUUGGCUACUGGCCUGCAAGCCAGGACCCCACAACUCGCGUGGCGAGUGAAAGGGGUGUGCGGCAGGGAUGCCCACUAGCACCGAGCUUAUGGACUCUCAUCACCAUCGCACUGUUUCGCGCGCUGGCAGGCGUCACCUCCGUCACAUGGCUGCAAGAGGACACCACGAUGUUCGCGGACGACCUACUACUCCAGUGGAUCGUCCACCGAGUUCAGGAUUUGGAGAAUAUGGUGGACAUCAUCGCCCACACCUUUCGGAUCCUAGCUCAGCUUGGCCUUCAAGUUCAGCAUCGGAAAACACAACUCAUUGUGGCAUAUAAAGGACGGCAGGCCACACAAUGGUGGCGAGCUCACACGGCCACCACUGCGGAGGGCCGCUUCCUGCUUAUACCCCAACCUGGCAGCAAGGCACUCCGCCUGCCCAUUGUGACUAAGCUGACGUACCUAGGCAUUAUCCUCUCCUAUGUGGAUGCCACCACUGCCACUGUUGACCACCGUCUGCAGGUAGCCGAAGCGCAGCGAGCUCGCCUUCUCAAGGUCCUCCACUCCCGCACACUGCCCACGACUAAGAGAGUCCAGCUCUGGCUAGCUUGUGUCCGGAGCUCUGAUCUGUAUGGUCUACACCUAGUCGACUUACAGCAAAGGCACGUAGUCCGGAUCACAGUCACCUUGGUUAGGCAUCUGAGGGCCAUCGCACGCAGCUUUGCGCACAUGACUCAGGAAUCUAGCAGAGCGCUGCUCGAGCGCCUGAACGUAGAGGACCCCUUACUUUCCUUGCUGCAACGGAGCCAAAAACUUCUUGUCAAGACUCGUGAUUCUAGCGAUCCCAUGGUUGCCAGGCCUCGGAUCAUACACUGGUUGGUUCAUAUCACUGAAUCCAAACUGGCGCUGACCUCACACCUGGACCGGACCGUAGCGGAGCCCUCGGUUAUUAGCCCGUCACCUCAAGAUGCUGACCUCCAGUCUGAGGAGAUCGCAGCUGCAUCUCCCACGCUCCUGCCCGGUGACUACGACAGCAACGGCCCCGACCCCGGUGGUGCCGUACACUGUGGAGCUUUUGCGGCAAUUCUGCACUACGUGCGGACAGUGGCUCGUAUCGGUCAAGAGCGUCAAGGGAGCCGGGGCAGCGACGUCCCAGACAAUCGCAAUGGACCCUCCAAGAUGCCUUCGGGAGAUCAUGCUCUGCUGCAUCGAGUUGCAAAGGCCCUCAUCGUCCAAGCGGACUAUCUGUCGCGCCUUCAGAGCGAUCACACUGUCAUCUUCACGUUUCGAACAGGCAACGGCCCACAGCUGAUGGUGCCGCUUCUCCAGGAGGUGGCAACAACUUGGCGCGAACAACGUCAGCAGAACAAGGUGACCCGCUCCUUGAAGCAAACUCUCAUCCAAUAUCUUGCAGCCGAACUAGUGACCAGGAUCAAUGCCUUCGCGGCCGACACCGAGUCCCAGAAGAAGGCCCAGGAACUAGGAUGGACCACGUCGGAGGGGGAGUUCAACUUCUUGGACUGGGACUUCGAGGACAAGAAGCUCGUCCCCCGGCAGGCGGAGACGCUCACCCACGAUCAGAUCCUCACAGACGCCAAGCGACUCAAGACCCUGCUGAAGAAUCCGGACCUAGUCUUGAAGUUCAGCGGAGGCCGCAACGCCAAGCCCGACUCGACAUCCGAGACAGCGACAUUUGUGUUGGAGCUGUCCAUGCAGCAACCAGAAGCAUCGGAGGCGAUGGCGAUCUUCCGGAAAUGGUAUGCCAACUCAGCGCUCCUGCUCCUCUCUCUCCGGCUCAAACCGGCCCGCCCAGAGCGGUCGCCGUUGAUCAAGGAGAUCCAGGAGGCUGUGGGUCCUGGACAUGAGAUCCAAUGGGCCACCUACGAGCUGGUGGCGGGGAUUUUACACCUGGGGCCCUCGCCCCAGCAAGGUGUCUGCAACUUCACGACCAGGAGAUGUGGCACCUGCAAGUGCACCGGGGAUUUCGGCCCCCUCGGGGAGACCGUCGGCCCCUUCGGGGCGAUGUACGUUACAGCUCUCGUUAGCCGCGCUGAAUUCAUUUCUGAAUUCGGCGUGUCGCCUACGCCGCGCAAGGGUAUCAGUGUGGAUCCCCCCUUGUGGUUGCUCCCUGGUCUCGGCUACGUGAGCUAG